AGGCGAGCGCGCCCCCGGCCCGCGGACCGCGCGCACAGCCCGCACAGCCCACGCCGCGGGCGAGCGAGACCUCGGCCCGCCACCAUGACUUCCAGUAAGAUCGAGAUGCCCGGCGAGGUGAAGGCCGACCCCGCCGCCCUCAUGGCGUCCCUGCACCUCUUGCCAUCGCCCACGCCCAACCUCGAAAUAAAGUACACCAAGAUUUUUAUUAACAACGAGUGGCAGAACUCGGAGAGCGGGAGAGCGUUCCCUGUCUAUAAUCCAGCCACAGGAGAGCAGGUGUGUGAAGUCCAAGAAGCAGACAAGGCAGACAUAGACAAAGCUGUGCAGGCGGCCCGCCUGGCUUUCUCUCUUGGUUCAGUGUGGAGAAGGAUGGAUGCUUCCGAAAGAGGCCAUCUGUUGGAUAAACUUGCAGACUUGGUGGAACGAGACAGGGCAGUUCUUGCAACCAUGGAAUCCCUAAAUGGUGGCAAACCGUUCCUGCAAGCUUUUUAUGUGGAUUUGCAGGGGGUCAUCAAAACCCUUCGGUAUUACGCAGGCUGGGCUGAUAAAAUUCACGGGAUGACCAUUCCUGUAGAUGGAGAUUAUUUUACUUUUACCAGACACGAACCCAUUGGAGUGUGUGGACAGAUCAUCCCGUGGAACUUCCCCCUGCUGAUGUUUGCUUGGAAAAUUGCUCCGGCUCUUUGCUGUGGUAAUACAGUAGUUAUCAAGCCAGCAGAACAAACCCCGCUCAGCGCGCUCUACAUGGGAGCCCUCAUCAAGGAGGCUGGCUUUCCGCCGGGAGUCAUCAAUAUUUUGCCAGGAUACGGGCCAACGGCUGGGGCAGCAAUAGCUUCUCACAUUGGCAUAGACAAGAUUGCGUUCACAGGGUCAACUGAGGUUGGAAAGCUUAUCCAAGAAGCAGCUGGAAGAAGUAACUUGAAGCGAGUAACUCUGGAACUUGGAGGGAAAAGUCCCAAUAUUAUUUUUGCUGAUGCUGAUUUGGACUACGCUGUGGAGCAGGCCCACCAGGGAGUGUUCUUCAACCAGGGCCAGUGCUGCACCGCCGGGUCUCGCAUCUUUGUGGAGGAGUCCAUCUAUGAGGAGUUUGUGAGAAGAAGCGUGGAGCGGGCCAAGAGGCGCAUCGUGGGGAGUCCCUUUGAUCCCACCACGGAGCAGGGACCCCAGAUUGAUAAGAAACAGUACAACAAGAUCCUGGAACUCAUUCAGAGUGGCGUGGCCGAGGGUGCCAAGCUGGAAUGUGGAGGCAAAGGGCUGGGCCGAAAGGGGUUUUUCAUCGAGCCCACGGUGUUUUCCAACGUCACCGACGACAUGCGCAUUGCCAAAGAGGAGAUCUUUGGCCCUGUUCAGGAAAUUCUGAGGUUUAAGACUAUGGAUGAAGUUAUCGAAAGAGCCAAUAACUCAGACUUUGGACUUGUAGCAGCUGUCUUCACUAAUGACAUCAACAAGGCACUCACGGUGUCUUCUGCAAUGCAGGCUGGGACUGUUUGGAUCAAUUGUUACAAUGCCUUAAAUGUCCAGAGCCCCUUUGGGGGAUUCAAGAUGUCUGGAAAUGGGAGAGAAAUGGGGGAAUUCGGCUUGCGAGAGUACUCCGAGGUGAAGACGGUGACAGUAAAGAUCCCUCAGAAGAACUCCUAAGAAGGCCAAGGAGGAAGGUGGAGGCCAGCCCACAGGACCCUCCCUCUCUGCUCUCCCUGGGGGGCCUGGCUCUCAGGAAUCCAAAGUUCAUACCCAGUCCUUAUUUAAAGAUUUAAAUAAUGACAUGUAGGCCAGGCCGGUCACUGCAUAAUGAAAGCAGACCAUGUGGGCAUGGUUUCCUGGCACUCUGUAAGGGAUCACCUUAAGGAUACCAAAUAUUGGGAAAGUGGGAUGACGGCAGGAGAAGUCACUGUCGGGUACAUCCAGUGCCUCUUUCCGGAGUGAUGGGCUGAUGCCUUUCGUCACAAGGAACUUUCCUCCUGAGGAAAGGUCAUCUUUCCGUUGUCUCCAUUUUCCCCCUUCCAGGCUCUCUCUGCUCACUUCCCUCCCACCCCUCCCACCCCUCCAAGGAGAUCUCAGCUGAGCUCAUUUGGGGCAGAUGUUUGGGCCGGGAACAAUUUUCCAAGGUUUUGCAGCCAAAUUACCAUUUCAUGUUAUCCACUUCUUCAAAGCAAAACAUGAAAUGGCUUUAGUUAGAGCCAGACCAGACCGAAACUGCCAGGAGCUGGUACACUGCAGAUGUAACGAGAACUAAGAACUCGAUGUUCCUGACCCAGUCUGGCUUUCAUAUAUCCAUAAAAGACACGAGUGAAAGAUCAGGAAGAUGCAGAUCGAGAGGUGAUCACAUGUAGUUCACAGCUUCUGAGCUUGCCACUUGGUUUUAG